UCUCUUUCCUAGGAUAUGAUGGAGCUCCUAGAGGAAGAUCUCACCUGUCCCAUUUGCUGUAGCCUGUUUGAUGAUCCUCGUGUCCUGCCCUGCUCACACAAUUUCUGCAGAAAAUGUCUGGAAGGGAUUCUUGAAGGAAACGUGCGGAAUGUGCUUUGGAGGCCGUCCCCUUUCAAGUGCCCCACCUGCAGGAAGGAAACUCCUGUUACUGGAGUCAACAGCUUGCAAGUCAACUAUUCCCUGAAAGGUAUCGUGGAGAAAUAUAACAAAAUCAAAGUCACUCCAAAAAUGCCUGUGUGCAAAGUGCACAGUGGGCAACCCCUUAAUAUUUUUUGCCGGUCGGACAUGCAGCUGAUCUGUGGGGUGUGCGCCACCCGCGGUGACCACACCAAGCACGUUUUCUGUUCCAUCGAAGAAGCUUAUUCCCAGGAGAAGCGGGCUUUUGAAACCCUGUUCCAGGGCUUUGAAACUUGGCGUUGUGGAGAUGCCCUCUCACGGCUGGAUACCUUAGAAACCAGUAAGAGGAAAGCUCUGCAGAUGCUGACCAAAGAUUCUGACAAGGUGAAAGAGUUCUUUGAGAAGCUGCAGCACACGCUGGAGCAGAAGCGAAAUGAGAUUCUCUCUGACUUUGAGACCAUGAAGCUUGCAGUGAUGCAGGCCUACGAUCCCGAAAUCAAUAAACUGAACACAAUUCUGCAAGAGCAGCGGAUGGCUUUUAACAUCGCAGAGGCCUUCAAAGAUGUCUCUGAACCCAUUAUAUUUCUGCAACAGAUGCAGGAGUUCAGGGAAAAAAUCAAGGUGCUCAAAGAAACCCCUUUACCUUGUUCCAGUGUGGACAUCAGCCCUACAAUGAAGAGCUUUGACACCAGCCAGUGGAAUGGAAUAAAACUGGUUGAUGUGGACAAACUUGCCUUGCCUCAGGAAAACAACACUCUUAAAUUCAAGAUUCCCUCAGUCUUUUCGCGCAGAUUUAUAGUGACCUCUCUUAUUUGCUUGCUUGUUCUUGCAAUCACCAGAAUGUCCUUUGUGGAGUCAGUUGUUGACAAUCUCCAGUGCUGGAAAUCUCAAAUCUUUACAAUUAGCUUGUCCUAUUUGGCAGAUACCGUGGAGAUAGCAGAUCAUGCAGUCUUUUACUGGGAACAGAUGACAGAUGGAGCUUCACUUCUAAGAGAAAAGUGUAAAAACUAUACGUUGGUUGUACUGGAUAAUGUUGCACAAUUUGUGUGCAAAUAUAAACUGUUGUGAAGCCCCUACUGAAAUGUAAGAACUAAGAGACAUCUGGUGAAGAAAACA